AUGGCUAAACGUAAAAGAUCAGCUCUUCUUCCUGAGAAUACAGCUUUACUUCAAAAUCUUGUCAAAAGAGAUCCUUCAGCAUAUGCCAAAGAAUUCACGGAACAAUACCAACAUUAUGAAUCUCAACGGAACUUAUUCUUACUUAAUCCUGCAGGAGAUGGCUGCGAGACUGAAAGUUUUUUAAAUUCCGUCGGGUUUAUUGCCAACGUUUGCUCGAAUUUUCCUACAGAAACCGCUAAAUUCCCCGAAGAAUUAUCCCAUAUCUUACGCACUCAGCACCAUCAACUUCCUCCCGAUGUAAGGGAAAAAUUAAUUCAAAGUUUAGUGCUGCUAAGAAAUAAAGAUGUUAUUACACCUGAUACUCUCAUUCAAGUUCUUUUCCCGGUACUUGUAGAGACUACAGCAAAGUUUACUAGGGCUCAAAUCUACUCAGCUAUUGUAUCUUUGUUAAAAGCAGCUAACCAUGGUGCCAAAAAUCAAAAGCUUAAUCGUACGAUGCAAGCACUUUUAUUUAAUUUGCUUGAUGAGUCUGAAGCAAAUGGAUUAUGGGCAACAAAACUGACUCGUGAACUAUGGAAACGUGGUAUUUGGGAUGAUUCGCGAACUGUUGAACUGAUGGUUCAAGCUGCUCUUAAUGAUAACUUAAAGGUUUCAUCUUCUGCUGUCAGAUUUUUUUUGGGUGCUGAUAAAGAAAGAGAUGAAACUACAGAAAAUCAAUCUGGUGAUGAAGAUGACUUAGAUAUCAAUGCAUUACGUCAUAAAAUGCAAAUCAACAAAAAAACUGGUCGCCGAGGGAAAAAGAUGGAAUCUGCACUUAAGCAGUUGAAAAAGAAAGGAAGUAAUCGUCAUUCUGCCACAUAUCUUAACUUUUCAGCUAUUCAUUUACUUCGUGACCCUCAAGGCUUUGCGGACGCCCUGUUUGACAAAUACUUAACCUCUAAGAAUUCAAGAAAACUUGACAUACAGCAGCGCAUUUUAAUAACAAAUUUAGUUUCAAGACUAAUCGGCACUCACAAGCUUCAUGUUCUUGGUAUUUACUCAUUUUUAGAAAAAUUAAUGACACCUAAACAAGAAAAUGUGACCCAAUUCAUGGCUGCUGCUGCUCAAGCUUCACACGAUCUAGUGCCUCCAGAUGUCAUCUCUCCUUUAAUUCGUAAAAUUGCGGAUGAAUUUGUCAGUGAUGGUGUUUCAUCUGAGGUUGCGGCUGCAGGGUUAAACACUAUCCGUGAAAUUUUGGCACGUGCACCACUUUCCAUUGACGAAACUUUACUACAAGACUUGGUUACAUAUAAGGGUUCUAAAUCCAAAUCUGUAACGAUGGCUGCCCGAAGUUUACUAGGUCUUUACAGAGAGAUUGCACCUGAAAUGUUAGCCAGAAAAGAUAGAGGAAAAACAGCUUCUAUUGAAAUGCAACAUGGUGAAAAAAGAGAACUACGUUAUGGAAUUGAGUCAAAUGUCGUUACUGGAAUUCAAGGCAUUGAUUUAUUACAAAAGUGGCAAGAAAACCGAGAGGCUGGUGGGGAAGAUAGUGAAGAGGAAGAUGGUUGGGAGAUUGCUAGCGAAGAAAGCGAGGAUGACAGUGAUGAAGGAGAUUGGAUCAAUAUGGAAAGUGAUAAAGAGUACAGUGUUUCAGACAGCGAAGAUGAUGAUGUUGAAAAUAAGAGAAAUCGAAACAAGAAAUUGAAGAGGAAUAAUAAAAAUGAUAUGGAUGAAGAUCAAGAAAAUGACGAUAAUGAAGAUGAACAAAAUAAUAAAAAGCGAAAGCUCACAAGGGAAGAGCUAAUUUUGGAAAGAACCAAGGCGGAAGAAGAGGCAUUCAUUAAAUUAGCUUCUACUCGUGUUCUUACUCCUGCCGAUUUUCAAAAAUUAGAAGAGCUUCGAACACAGGCAGGACUUGAAAAAAUCAUGGGCAAAAGUGUACGCAAAUCUAUGGGGCUUAACGAGGAGACUGUUGAAGCAGACAACCUCAUUGGCUCUAAAAAAUAUAAGCAAAAUAAAAAAGAGCGCUUGGCUCAUGUUGAGGAAGGGCGUGAAGGUCGACGAGAAUUUGGAUCUAGAAAGGGCAAGCGUGAAAAUGCACGAUCUACAACAAAUAAAGAAAAGGCCAGAAAGAAGAACAUUAUGAUGAUGAUUCAUAAAAAAGAUGUCCAAGGUAAGGCAAAACGAAGCCUGAAAGAAAAGCAAAAAGUUUUACGUCAACAUAUCACUACACAGAAAAAGAAAGGGUUUUAG